GACACCCCUACCCACGGCCAUCCCAAUCUCCAGCUCGACGCCCCUGAAGCCACUCGGUUGAGUGGCGCGCUGGAUCUUCAUCUCUCCAUUACCCGCAUGAACGCGCCCGCACCCACGCGAUCUUUCCUGAGCGACUGAGCGAGUGGAGGAACGAACGAACGCACAACAUCCUCAUUUUGCCGUUCAAUGCGCCCUCCUCGUCAGACCUACCCAACAGCUCACCUCCUCCAACAGCGCAAGGCAUCUCGUCUAUACCUGGGCCCAUGUGCAUGCACUGUUGAGACAACCUACAGGUGCCCGGCCCUAUUCGAUUCGGGCCACGAGACAGCGUCACCAGGCAGCCGAAGUCCAAACCACAGUCCUGAAUUCCCUUAUCUCGCCCUCGUCCCAACACCCUCACCAUGUCCUCUCAAGAUACUUCUACCAGCUAUCUCCAGCAGAUGACUAGUGUUGCUGGGACUGUAGCCAGCUACAUGCGAGUUCCGGUACUGGUCUCUUCGGGCAUCGCUGCUGUAUUGAGCUCCCUCCUGUACUUCAAGCAAAAAGCUCUCAUCUACCCCUCCCAUGUCCCAAACCUCGCCCGCACCGAAGUUCCCCGCCCCUCCCAGUUCGGCAUCACAGAUUUCGAAGAGCUGAUGAUCCCUACCCGUGAUGGAGAAAAGCUAUCCGCAUUUUAUAUCCGGGCUCCGAAGGCAAGAGCACAGAACCUUACGGUUUUGAUGUUCCAUGGAAAUGCCGGCAAUAUUGGACACCGAGUGCCUAUUGCACGUAUGCUCAUGCAACGUAUGGGAUGCAAUGUCUUCAUGUUAGAAUAUCGUGGGUAUGGACUAUCAACAGGGUCGCCAGACGAGACGGGCUUGAUGAUCGAUGCUCAGACGGCUUUUGAUUAUCUGCGAAAGAGGGCUGAGACGAGGGACCAUGAUAUUGUUAUCUUUGGACAAAGUCUGGGGGGGGCAGUAAGCAUCCAGCUUGUGGCAAAGAACCAGAAUGAUUCCAGGUUGGUUGGGCUGGUGUUAGAGAAUACAUUCCUGAGUAUGAGGAAGUUAAUCCCAUCUAUCAUCCCACCAGCGAAAUACCUCACACUUCUCUGCCACCAAGUCUGGGCCUCCGACUCUUACCUCCCUUCCAUAACAGAAGUACCGAUCCUCUUCCUCUCCGGACUGCACGAUGAAAUCGUACCACCCAGCCACAUGCGCCGCCUCUACGAGAUCUGCCAAUCCCCCACCAAGGUCUGGAAGCCGCUGCCUGCUGGAGACCACAAUUCGAGUGUGCUUGAAGAUGGGUAUUUCGAGACGAUCGAGGACUUUGUUGCAAAUUUGGAUACGAAGGUUGGAUGAUGCCCUACCAUCAUCACCAUCUCAAACUUCAAUGGCUAGAAUUAAGUGUAAGGAAUGGGGUUUGGGCUUGAGGAUUUGCAGCAUUCAGCGCGGCGUUCAGGGUUGGAUUCGCUCUUCGGCAUGGAAGGGGUGUGUUCUACAACAGAGAUUAGAGUGCAUUCGUUUACGAGCGAUGAUUAGGAAAGGGGUUUAUGAUUCAUGAAUAUAGAAUUAGGGCAAAGGGGAGCGUAUGAUAGCGGCCCUCUAUUGACGCUGGUUUUAGAAAUCAAGAGCUUGCAUACCUGAC